CCAAAUCCCUCCCCCCCAAAAAUCCCAAACCCAUUCUCUCACUCUCUCACUUUCUCUCUCUCCCCCUCCCGCCACUGUCGUCUGUCUCACCCUCUCUCUCAAUCCUGCCUCUCUUCGACGAAUGCUCCCAAACUACCGCAGAUGACAGCGGUGCUCUACGUACCAGAGACUGUAAUCUGGGUGACUUCAAAAGUGGUGUUUUUCUCUUAGGGUUUCAUUUUUUUCCCCAACACGGAAUUUCGAUUUGUGUUUCGGUUGUUCAAAUCCUCACCCAGAUGUCCAUCUCAAAUAGCCAACAGGCUUCAUCAGCAUAUUGGAGGGGAAAUAAAGAUCAUGAAAGUUUACAAAGAGUGUAUGGGAUAUCAUUUCCUGAUCAAAAACGACAGAAGGUGCGAGGAAUGAAGUUUGUUAGAGAUGUUCGAAGACAAUUAUCUCAAAUAAUGCAGAAGAUAGCUAAAGGUUGGAAUUCAAUCAUUGAUGAACCUUUUAGGAACACUUUGUCCUGAAGUCGUACCCUGAUCAUGCCACCAUGAGAAUUACUAACCAUAGUUCAACUACAGGCUUUUACCUUGUCCUAGAACUUAUUUUCUUGGAUGAAAUUUUUUACUGUUAAAUAAUCUUUUUGAUUUCUAACUGGAAACAAUUUAAUAGCUGUGUCUGGUACUGUAUUAAUAACUUGGUUGCUGCAAGUUAUUUACAAUGGUAUUUACACCUUGCAAGUGCAUUUGCUGCAAGCUUACUAUUAUUGCCCUAUUGGGUGCCUCGAACUUGUAAAGUGCAGAACAACUUUCACAAUGAUGUUCACCAAAGCUUCUCCUUGGCCAACUUUUUUGUGGUAGAGACAGUUCUAUCCAUUACUAAACAAUAAAAUGCAAUAGGGUUUUCUGUUAUAGCCCCAUCUUUUGGUCUUUGGUUUUCCUACUAGUGUCGGCUCAUCAGCUCAUGAUUAGUAAUUAUACUGGUAGUUUUAUGAUUGAUCCAUAUAUAUAUAUAUACGUAUAUAUAUAUUUUUAGAUGAUCAAACACACUAGACAGCACCAAUACUUGAGCUUCAGUUUUUGUUGUACAGAUGCAUUUAUUAUUAGGAGAAGCUAAUUCAAAAGUCAAAACCUUUAUCUUUCCAUGUUGAUGCCACAAUUAAUGAUAAAGCCACUGGAUGAAUGGUGAUUUUGUGUUCCUGAAUGUUUUCCAUUUGGAUGAUUUGGCUCUACUUCUUGUCUCUAUGUUUCUAUUAUUUAGAACUUGUCCUUGAUUGUUAUUAUUAUCAUUGUAUUCUUUGUGAAUGGAUCUCAUAAUAUGUAGUCUUUUUGAUUAAAUUUUUAGCAACAAAUUACUAUAUUUGAUUAUCUAUAUGAACUCCCAAAUGUUAUCACA